AUGUUUGUCUUGUUGUUGUCGAUGAUUACAUCGACACUCCGGGCGGACCGGACAGAGCCUUCUGAGCGGCGCAAUAAACCACAUCAAUGUCCAGCCGAUCCGUGUCUAGCGGUGCGCUACACAGCGAUACCACGGCGUCCACCAGUAAUAGACACCCGUUUUGAUGGCAAACGCGACCGAUAUUGUCCAUCGGCUGAAGUGUACCGACACUGGAGUCCCCGUGACAUACGAUUUCGUCGGCGAAAGGCAUUUGAUACACGUCUGGCGCCCAAAGCCAUCAAACAUGUGCCCAUACGAGUGCCGGCUCUUCAUAAGCCUAAACCGAUUGCCUCGCGACGAAUCGGCCGGGCACAACGUAUCCGCCAUUUGAGGAUGAAAUUCAACGUUUGA